GAAUCCGUUGACGAGUUGGUCUUCCUUGCUGCCCAAAGCAUCAUUUUCGGCUGCGCAAAGCGCCUCCGCUUCGCAAUGACUCACACUGCCCCACGUCAGGUGCAUCGAAGCAGGUCCCGUCAUGCAGCCCUUCUUUUUGUGCUCGUCGGCGCCUGGCUCGCAGAGAGGGGUGUCGGACGAGUUUUUGUGGACGGCUUCGCGUCCAGACGUCAAGCGACUCAUGAGACUCCCAGCGCUCCAUCGAUUUUUGGCGGAGAAUCGAUUUACGAGACCAUCAGGUGGUACCAGCCUCCGGCCCGCGAAUACUCCCGCCGGGAGCUGAUCGCGGAUCGCCUGGUGAACUUUGGAGGCGUCGGGCUCGCUUUGUUGGCUGCGCCGAUCCUUGCGCUACGCUCUCGCACAGGCGGCGAUCCUGGCGUCAAGCAGCUUGGGCUUUGGAUCCAUGCCUUUUGCAUGAUCCUGAUGUUCACCUGCUCCGCACUCUUCCACUACUGGGCCUGGGACGAGCGGAAUCAACGAUUCCUCCUCAUGCUUGAUCAUAUUGGCAUCAACUCAAUGAUCGCGGGUUGCUACACGCCCCUGAUGAUUCACUGUGGCUGCUAUCGGAUGCUGGCAUUCGUUUGGACCUGUGCAGUCAUUGGCUUCUCCGGGGAAAUCACCCUGUAUUCGAUUUGGCAACAAACCAUGCAAGACCUGCAGGAAAUCGAGAGCACACUGCAUGUAGGUGGCAUGGACCUGAUCUUCCACCACGCACGCUACUUGAUGAUGGGAUGGUCUGUGGUGGUCAUUUGGAAUCAAGUGUGCAUGACUUUGAACCGGAGAGCAAAGGCAUUGCUGGUGGCUGGUGGCAUCAGCUUCACCAUUGGCGUUCCAUUCCACCUUUGUCCGAGCAUCGAGUUCCAUCAUGCAAUGUGGCACUUGUUCGUCUUCAUCGGCUCCAGCUUCAUGUACUCCGUGUGCCUCCUGGAAGUGGCUGCUAGGCCGCCAUUGAAGGAUCAGUUGCUCUCCGAUUGACUGGCGACGACCAGUGAGACAGCUCGGUGACAGACUCAGCCACAGAGUAACAGGCUGUAGGGAAC